GAGGAAGGGGGGGAGGCAGGGAUGAUGGAGGGAGAGAAAAUGGCCGACCGGUGAUUGAAGCGGAGGGAGGAAAUAAAAUAAGGGUGGUGAUGAUGAAGAUGAUGAUGAUGAGGAGCAGAGAUUGUUUUCUAUUGUUGUACUUUAAUGUUCCAGCUGAUCCACGAUCAGACUGUGUUUGAUCUUCACACCACAAUGAUAUUAUUGAUUUAUUAUUGAUGAUGGAGAAGCUGUUCAAUGGGAGGAUGUGUGGGAGUUGUAGUUCUCUGUAGGUGAUAUGUAGUUCUCUGUAGAUGACGUGCAGUGUUGUGGUACUACAUUUUUGUAGUAUUGUACAUUAAACUUGUGUGUGUUGUGAUCAGUUGGUGAAUCAUGUGACAGUCAAACAGUGACAUCAGUGUUUGUAACGGAGAGGAAACAUCACAUGAUGCUGAGACACACACAGAUACACACACACAGGCUUCUCUGUAGUAUAAGAAGAAGUAUUUAAUACAUGCAGUGAGAGGGAAUACUCGUAUCAAACAGGAGAAGCUAUGGCUGAGAUGUGGUUCUUUUCUUCGUCUCUAUUGGCCUCUCGAGCCUCCAAUCACGUGUCACCGUAACAACAAGAAUACGUGGACUUGAAUACUCGACGAGCCGAUUGGCUGAUUGUCACAGCGGAUCUCUGUGAUUCGCUGAUUCACUGUGACGCUCGCUGCCACUGUGAGUCAGCUCUGUUUGGAGUUCAGAUGAUCUCUGAAUGUAUUUUUGGGUCAAAGCGACUGAUUGAGAUUGAGAGCCGGUCACUAUUCUCUGCGUUAGUGCUGAGCUAACGUUAUCUAAUGAAUUACACAGCUGUACUACAGGCCCACUGUACUCCAGUAUUACAGUACUACACUGCUGAUGUCCCCGAGUCUCCCAGUCCUACAGUCCCACUGUCUCCCAGUCCUACAGUCCCACUGUCUCCCAGUCCUACAGUCCCACUGUCUCCCAGUCCUACAGUCCCACUGUCUCCCAGUCCUACAGUCCCACUGUCUCCCAGUCCUACAGUCCCACUGUCUCCCAGUACUACAGUCCCACUGUCUCCCAGUACUACAGUCCCACUGUCUCCCAGUACUACAGUCCCACUGUCUCCCAGUACUACAGUCCCACUGUCUCCCAGUACUCUAGUACUCCAGUCCCAGUGUGUGAUGGUUCCUGUGUGUUGUGUACAGGUGUGACGUGGCUCCUCCAACAUGGCGGCAGCGUCCUACGACCAGCUGCUGAGACAGGUGGAGGUGUUAAAGAUGGAGAACUGUAAUUUACGACAGGAGCUGCAGGACAACUCCAACCACCUGACCCAACUGGAGAGUGAGGCCUCCAACAUGAAGGAAGUGCUGAAGCAGCUACAGGGCACCAUAGAAGAAGAUUCCGGAGAGGCGUCUGGCUCUCAGCUGGAGCUCAUCGAAAGACUGAAAGAGAUGAGCCUGGAGUCUGCAGGGUUUAAGGCCCGCUCGAGGCCUCCUCAGCCCCCCUCGUCCUCCCCCAGCUCGGCCUCUUCUGGUUCUGGAGCUGGAGGAGCAGCUGGAGGCUCCGGAGCUCCUGGCCCCUCGACCACCACCGGCUUUCCCAGGAGAGGGGUGCCGACUGCGGGCAGAGACGGCCAUGACCGCUGCCUGGAGGAGCUGGAGAAAGAGAGGUCUCUCCUAUUGGCUGAGCUGGAGAAGGAGGAGAAGGAAAAGGACUGGUACUACGCUCAGCUGCAGAAUCUCACCAAAAGGAUCGACAGCCUGCCGCUCACCGAGAACUUCACUCUGCAGACGGACAUGAGUCGCCGUCAGCUGGAGUUCGAGGCCCGUCAGAUCCGCUCAGCGAUGGAGGAGCAGCUGGGCUCCUGUCAGGAGAUGGAGAGGAGAGCUCAGGACCGCGUGUCUCGUAUUAAGCAGAUCGAUAAGGACAUCCUGCGACUGGGAGCACGACUGCAGGUAAGCUCACCUGUUCUUUGUCGUAAUUUCCAGAAGAUUUUCAAAAUAAAAUAUGAAAAAUGCUUGUUUCCAUCUGCUCCUGUUGAAUAUUAUUAUAAUUUAUAUUCACAUUUUUAUUUGUCUAAAAUAAUGCGCUUUGGCAUUUUAUUUUUUUAUCGUCAAAAAGACGUUUUAUAUUUUUCAGGUGAGAAAGGAACCGUUUAACACUGAUGGUACUACCGAGAGUAGUACUCCUACUACUUUAAAUACUUCUACUACUAAUGGUACUGCUGAGCGUUUUAGUGUAUACUGAUACUGCCACCACCACUGUGCUGUUUCCGCUUGUGGUACUAAUACACAUAAAUACACAAAGAAGCCAGAGAAAGAGAGGUACUAUUGAUUUGGCUAAUAGUGUAAAUACUACUAUACUUGAACACAUUCAUACUAGUACUGCUACUACAAAUACUGGUUGGUUUACUGCUGCCACAAAUAUUUCUUCUACUGUUUAUACAACAAAAAAAAUUACAAGUACAAGAAUUAUAAAUUGGUACUACUACUGCUACUGUUGCCGUACUAUUACAGUACUGGUACUUCUGCACAUUGUACUACUAUCACUGCAGCUGUGAGUAGUACUGCUAACACUACUGUUGUUCGUACUAUUAUACAUAUUUUUAUUUGCCUAAAAUAAUGCGCUUAGGCUUUUUAUUUUUUGUGUAGUCAAAAUAAA